GAGAAUUCCGUAAGUUUCCGUAAAUUGCCGAUGCUAAUGUCAAGGUAAUCAAGGUCACUCAGCCGGUAGGACGGAAAUCAAGGCGACGUUCAAAAAUCUUAUUCCAGAAAUAAAAUGUCUCAGAAGGCGCCAAUCCGUGUCCUGGUGACAGGAGCUGCUGGCCAGAUUGCCUACUCCCUUGUCAACUUCAUUGCGAAGGGAGAUGUGUUCGGAACUGACCAGCCCUUGGACCUGAUUCUGCUUGACAUUAAGCUGAUGAUGGAGGUCCUUGGUGGGGUCGUCAUGGAGCUAAAGGACUGUGCUCUGCCACUCCUCAGAGAAAUUGUAGCCACAGAUGAUUAUGAGGUAGCUUUCAAGGACAUUGAUGUGGCUUUCUUGGUUGGAGCUAUGCCUCGUAAACAGGGCAUGGAACGCAAAGACCUUUUGACCGCCAAUGUGACCAUCUUCAAAGGUCAAGGACAAGCCCUAGACAAAUAUGCCAAGAAAAAUGUCAAGGUGAUAGUUGUUGGUAACCCAGCCAACACUAACGCACUUAUCUGCAGCAAGUAUGCUCCUAGCAUUCCCAAGGAGAACUUCACGGCUAUGACACGUCUCGACCAGAACAGGGCAAUGGCCCAGAUUGCGGAGAGAUUGGACUGCAAUGUGAAUGAUGUGAACAAGGUGAUCAUCUGGGGAAACCACUCGGCCACCCAGUACCCUGAUGUUCGCUUUGCCACUGCAGUGAAGAAUGGAGCCACUGUCAACGCUGAAGAGGCAAUCAAGGAUGAUAACUUCCUCAAGAAUGAUUUCAUUUCGAUGAUUCAGAAGCGUGGAGCAGCUGUGAUUGCUGCCCGUAAACUGUCUAGCGCAAUGUCGGCUGCAAAGGCGUCAUGUGACCACAUCAAAGAUUGGUGGUUCGGCACAGGGGACAGAUGGGUGUCAAUGGCUGUUCCGUCUGAUGGCUCGUACGGCAUUAAGGAAGGACUUGUGUACAGCUUCCCUGUAAUAUGCACAGGUGGAGAUGAGCGCAAGUACAAGAUUGUGCAGGGGUUGAAGAUUGAUGAUUUCUCGCGGUCCAAGAUGGACCUGUCCGCCAAAGAGCUGGAAGAGGAGCGAGAAAUGGCCCUAAGUGUCUGCAAAGACUGACAUUCUCACAAGCUGUGAAACACCCCUCCUGGGAGCCAUCUCAGUUGCUGGGGACAGUUUGUAGUCUGCAGGUAACCAGACUGCUUGAAGAACUGUUAAUUUGAAAAAUAUAAUUGUAGUAAUGUAUAAUGUUUUAUUUCAUUGGUAGAUAUUAAGUAAAUUGUUGUGGAUUUUUUACCUAUGUUAAAGAAAACAAGAGUCAUAACACAUACUGUUAAUGUUGCCUUAAAAUAUUUUAUCCAGUCACUAAAGAAAUCAAUGUGCCAUAAAGCUAGGCCCUAAAUUGUGUUAAAUGCUUGAUGUGUAUACGCAUUUUUUGUUCUCAAAUUAACAGAAAUUAUAGUCAAGUAAUAAAUUGUUGUAAAAGAA